AUGAGUGACGAUGAGGAUAGUUUGCCGGAAAUAGGAGGUGAAUACACGAAGUUGGAAGUAAAAAAGAAGUCGCCCUCAUUCACCGAGUCCGAGAAAGUAUUGCUUCUCGAGUUGGUGUCAUCAAAACGCAACAUAUUGGAAUGCAAACGAUCAGACCCUUUGACAAUUAUUAACAAGCAGGCCGCGUGGACCGAUUUGGAAGGAAGCUUCAACUUGUCCUCCGACGUCAUAAAACGUACCGCUGCCCAGUUGAAACGUGCUUGGGAAAACCUAAAAAGCCGGGCAAAAACUGAGAAAGCAAAAGCUGUUCGAAGUGCAAAGAAAACAGGAGGAGGAAUGGCUGAACACGUUCUUAGCAAGCAAUCCGAGCUCAUUUGUGCCAUCGUCCCGUCCCAGAUGACUUCACUUCAGAACGACUUUGAUUCCGACUCUAUUGAAAUCGAAAGUGAUAAACCAGCCGAUCGCCGAGAAAAGUUUCCCGAUUCCUCAUCGCGAAAACUGUCGACUUCCUCCAAUGACAGUGCAACAAGUACUAAACUGAACAAACCUCUCACUGUAGACAAACGAUCGUUUGUGAUUCAAAUGGAAGAGGAAGAACAUACCAUUAAUAUGCAGAUAUUAAAACAAAAGCAACAGUACGAAGAACUGAAAAUCAAAAAAUUAAAACGGGAAAUGGAACUCAUGGAGCUCGAAUCACAUAAAAAAUUGAAGCUAUUGGACCUCCAAAUUGCAGCAACCAAUCCAGUCCAGCAUUUUGUUAUCACAGCUCCUGAUAACGAAAUUGAAAUAGCUUAA